GCGGCAGCAGCACCUAAUUUGCAUCGCAAUUGCCGGUCGCCGCGUAAAUCGAGUGCAGAACUCGCCGCCGCAGCGCUGCGACAGCCCAACGUUUGCAACAAGCAAGCAAGAGUUCUUUGCGAGCCGCACUGCAGCAGCCAAAAACUAAUUGUUGCACCAGCAACACACUUGCAGACCAACGCCGCCGCAGCGCAAAGCCAAAGAUGGUGCACGUCGCGCUCUUCGUCCCGAACCUGAUUGGAUACAUCCGCGUCAUUCUAUUAUAUGUCUGCUACGCGACGGCGAUGCGCGACUGGAAGAUCGCGACCAGUUGCUACAUCCUGUCGUUUGCGGGCGAUUUGCUCGAUGGCUGGGCGGCGCGGAAGUUCGACCAAAGUAGUCAGUUCGGGUAUGUAUUGGACAUGGUUACAGAUAGAUGUGCGACUACUGGCCUCAUCUCCAUACUCUGUGGGUUAUAUCCGGACUACAUUCCUAUAUUACUAUACUUCCAGAUGGCCGAUUUAGCCAGCCACUGGUAUCAUGUUUAUUCUACCUCUACUGAAGGGAGCGGCCACCACAAAACUAAAGAAGCUCUGACAGAAAGGAAUAUCGUCCUGCGAAAGUAUUAUGAUAUCUACUGGCUCUUCGCGUAUCUAUGCGCGGGCGCGGAGUUCACGUGGAUCGCGCUGUACGUCCUGCACUGGGCGCCGGACUUCGGCGUCGGACCGAUCUCGCUCGCCUUCGUGACUAGAUACGGCUUCGCGCCGGCGUGCCUCAUGAAGAACAUCGUGAACCUGUGCCAGUUCGCGUCGGCGGCGCAGAACCUGGCGAUCCGCGAUAUGCAAAAGAGGAAGAACGCGGUCGACCCCGUGCUGCGGACGGAAAGAAGGGCGCAGCCCCAGGGUUCGGCACGGCGGCAGAAUCGCGGGAGGGCGGCGGCGCUCGGGGCGCGGCGCGCGGCGAAGGCGUCCUGAUCUCGUUCUUCUUUGUCGUGGCGUAAGCAAGC